AUGGACUGUUUUAGAGAGGAGAGACAGCCAGACAUCCCAUGCGGCAUGAGCCCCCACGAGGCGCUCAUUUUUUCAAGCCAGUGCUUGUGAUCACUCAUCACCGCAGCUCCACCAAGGCGCAGGAAGCAAGGAGGAUCCUCAAACACCACAGGGCUGCUUAAAAAAUCCCAGCUCUGUGUAGGAGAGGACAGACAUGCACAGGUGCUGCUAAAGAGAGAGAGAGAAAGAGAGAGAGAGAGAGAGGGGGGAGGGGGGAGUGUGGGGAGGUGUAGGAGGAGACUUGACUUGCUUCAGAAUUGAAUAGGAGCCUGAGUGCAAUUCCAAAACAGCUGUCCGGCAGACGUCCCAGUCCACAGUAGUGCAGCCUCAAGGCAGAGACAGGAGGCAGAGCAGUGUCAACAUGCCACAGGAGCAGCAUAGCAGCCACUGAACACACACAUACAGACACACACAUCAACCUGGGACUGCAGCGUUCACCACCACCAGCGAACCUGGGAAGGAUCAAGAUCUCCCCAUAGGAAUAUCUGAGGAAAGUGGUCAUUUGAACUUUCUGCACUGUUGGACAUCACUAGUCCUGCUUGGAAUCCCUUUUCCUGAUCGAUGCAGCAAUUGCUGAAAUUAUUUUUGGAGUUCUGCAUGACCCAUGUGUUAUUGAGAAUGUAAUUGGAGCUUCUCCCCUGGGACACUGUAACUUCCACAAGUUAUAGAGCGUUUCCGACUUUUCAUCCUGCAUAUCUGACACCGCUUCCUCAGUUACAGCUAUGCCAGCAAAAGCACCCAUAUACUUGAAACCCAUCAAUAACAAGAAGGGAAAGAAAUGUCGCCUCAGAGAUAUUUUGUCCCCAGACAUGAUCAGUCCACCACUUGGGGACUUUCGCCACACUAUCCAUAUUGGCAAGGGUGGAGAAAGAGAUGCCUUUGGAGACAUGUCUUUCCUCCAGGGGAAGUAUGAACUCCUGCCUGGGAAGGGAGAUGUCCCUCAGUAUGGCAUCCAAAAUGAGUUUCUGAGAGCGAACAGUACUGGUGAUGCUUCCUUUGCCGAGACACCCUCCCCAGUGCUCAAGAAUGCCAUCUCCCUCCCAACCAUUGGUGGCUGCCAGGCACUUACCCUUCCCCUGAUCUCCUCCACUGUGCUCUCCAUGCCCCCAGAGCCACUGGAGGGAAUCAUUGGGCCUACAGCUCCCAUGAAACCUGACAGCGCAGAGGAGGUAGAGAUCCUGCAGAUGGAUGCUCUAUUGCGCUCCAUGGACGUGUUCGGCAGUGAGCCUUUGUCUUCCUCUGUGGGUAUCCAGUCGAAGCCAGACGUCCUCCUGGGUCUGCUAGAAAACACGGAUAAGUCGACCUUUAAGUCAAUUGCCAAAGCUAACAAAAUAAACAAGAGUGAAACCAGGUUUGACAAACCAACAUCAUAUUUUAUCAAUAGUCACAGCAACAGCAGCUUCAAAGCUAAUGGAAGUCUGAACAGCAACACAAGCAACGACAGCUUUGACAGCUUUAGCGGUAAAGGAGACUUCCAGAACAAGAUCUGCAAUGACAGCAGGAAUCUCAAUGGCAAUGGCAACUGCAAUGGUUAUGGACACUUUGACAAUAAGCUUACCACAAGCUUCAAGCAGGAGCUCUCAAAGUUUAAUGGAGAGUGGGUGGACAGGGACAGUGGGGUGGAGGAGGGCCGCAUCUGUGAUUUUGAGUUUGAUUUUUCCAAGGAAAAGAGCGCAUCACAGGAUUCCCUCACCCAGAUCACAGGGUCAUUCCUCUCCCUUGAACUUGAUCUUGGCCCAUCCAUCCUGGACGAUGUGCUCAACAUAAUGGAUAAACCCGCAGCAAAGAGCAGGCCUUGAGCUGCACUGAGACCCCAAGAGAAAGGGAAUUAUUAAACUACAGCCAUGAGGAGAGAAAGACUCAAAAAACAAUCAAAAUGGUGUCUGGAUAUAUCAUUGAGAUGAAAAUGAGCUACAAUAGACAGAGCUGCUUAUGUUUUUAUUGUCAAAACAUAUAACUAUUCUAGCUUCUAUGGAGUGUUUCUUGUUUUGUUGUUUGCCAUACCAGCAUGUUUAAGAUGCAUGUACUAUUGAGUUACAGCUAAAACACAGCCAUUGUGCCUGUCUGUAAAAAUGAUACAUGAUAGAUUUGCAUUCUUACAUUGACCUCCACAGUAUAUACGUGAUAACUUUGAGUUCAUUUGCUUUUUCUUUUCUUUCUUUUUUUUUUUUUUUUUUUACACAGUCUUGAACAUAUUGCAUUUUGUGACUUUAAGUGUGUUUAACAAGUCUUUUUUUUGUCACAAAUAAUUUGUCACAUAACUAUUUCAAACAACAGAACACUAUGCAUAUUUGUGUUUUAAAAGUUUUAACACAAAUAAAUUGAUUUUGUCUUU